AUGUCUUUCGGCAGACAUGCCUACCGGCAUGCUCUAAAGCCACCAGCUACUCCAACACUUGACCACCCCUGGAUCAGCGAUGACCUACUCGCAGCCACGUUUCGUCGCUUCGCCAACGGCCAACGGCGCCAUGGGAGCUGCGGGGGAGGUCCGGCUGAAGAUAUCGCGUGUCUGUUUGGCCGCAAUGGGAGGGAGCACAUGAAGUGGACCGACCAUCCGUGGCAGAGAGCGCCAUUUGAAACUCAGAGUAUCGCCGAUCCUUUUUUGUGUCCUCCUGAAGUACCUUUCUCUUUCUCUGACCAGAACCCGGAGCCUGGACCCGAACCCACCGACUUUUAUACUACUCAUCCUCCUCUGUUGUAUCCCGCCAACGCGAACCAAGCCACGCGAGAGCAGAUGCUGGAAGCGUUUCUAAAUGGGAAGAAUUGGGGCAUUGAAGAUGCAAGGGACUUUACUCGUCGGUUAAGAAUUGACCUGCACCGAGAGCCGCGAUACAGCCGGCAGAUAUUCGAGCGGUUACUUGCUCGCUCAGACCCAGACCUUACAGAAGCAAUUGCCUUCUUGGAUGAUCCAUUCCUGAACACCCGGGGGUCGGGAAAUUACGCUGCAGCUGUCGAAAUCUUUGUUCGAACAAAAACGAAACGCGGCAAACGAACCGCUGUUUUGAAUGCGAUUAAUCGGGCGUUAGAGUUGGGAUUGAUUUCAACUGAUGAGAUCUGCCUGAUAAUUACCGCUUUACCGAAUAUCAUCGUCGAACGAAACAAGACUCUGGGAUCAUGGGACCACAAAGCUUUGCUGAAGCACUACCGGGCUAUGUGGAAAGCUAUUGGGAGCUGUAACAUUCUCGGGUAUCACGAUCUGGACAGGAAAAUUGUUGAUGCUUGGCUUGGCGAGCUCUUGCGUACUCGCAGCUUUCGUUUUGCCGAGGAACUCAUCAUCGAAACCCAUGAUGCAGACAGUCGCAGCCAGUGGCCUUCUGCUUUGGUUCAAGCUUGGUUGGAAACCAUGGAAGGCGAUUCGGAGACAAGCUUGCCGUUUCCUGACAAGAUCUUUAGCCAGCUUGAUGUUAACAGUGCGGCGGACUGUGUCAUUCGCGUAACAGAGGCAUUGACAUCGUCUUCAGCCGACAGGGUCUCCAGAAACCAAUUGCUUGAAAGAUGGCGGGAUUGCCUCUCGAAUGCCGAAGUCAUUUCGACCGUUGCCAAGUCACAGAUCAUUUUGCGACUCUGGCUUCUGCGAACGCUUGGCCGAUCCACUGGGCCCAUGUACAACCAGAGUGCAAGAGCAACCGAUCGGCCUAUCUAUUCAUUGCUCAAUCUUUAUGAAACGGUGACACAAGAUACCAGAGGAACAUUCUUUCCAAACUUCAUGCAAGAACUUCAUGACCUCGAUCUCCCAUACAACAGCCUUCUCCUCUUAGCCCUCACCAAAAAGGGCAAACCUUCCAUUACCAAAACCACCCGCAAGACCCUCGAACAACUCGAAACCUCUCAGCUCUCCCUAGCAGAAGUGUGGACAAACCCACCCAUAUAUAAGGGAAUACAAAGACUUUUCCACACCACAUUCGACCAAAUGUUCCACCGCAUGAACCUCACCAACCCGGACACGGUCGAGGAGAUCCUGAGUCUUGUUCGAUCAGGAGACUCAAAAAACAUCUGGCCCAUCCUCCGACUUCUUAACAACAACACCCCAUUCAAGGCCCGCGGAACAGCCGUUGCCCCGACCCCCCAUGCUGCGGUCAACCUCAUAAACCAGCUGGCGGUGGCUCUCUCCUGCUGCAAGCACUUGACGCCGUGCCAGUCUUUUCAUAUGGUUCACUGGCUUUACGUGUAUCUUCGCAGACACGGCGGGCCCGUGGAUCCGGAGUUUGUGCGGGCCUUGUAUCAUGCUGGUGUUGUCCGGUAUCGUCGUGACGGUCGUCGUAUCUCGCCUACUCAGUAUGAGUACAUCCUUUGGAUUGUCGGCAAGUUUGAAAGCUCUGAGGUUGUUGAAGAGCUCACUUCUCGGCCUCAGAUUGGUGAAUCGAGGCUUGACUGGCGGUAG